AUGUGGCGCGCCAAGUAUGAGUCGGAGGGUCUGGCUCGAGCUGAGGAGAUCGAGGCAGCUCGCCUGAAGCUUGCCGCUCGCCUCGAAGAAGCGGAGUCGCAGAUCGAGCAACUUAACCUCAAGAACUUGCAGCUUGAAAAGUCGAAACAACUUGUUUGCAGCCAGGUUGAUGAAAUGCAAGUCGCAGUUGAUCAUGCUCAGAACUUGGCCAAUGCUGCCGAAAAGAAACAAAGGAACUUCGACAAAGUUGUAGCGGAGUGGAAGCUUAAGGUCGAACAACUUGCAGGUGAACUCGAAGCUUCACAGAAAGAGUGUCGCAAUUACUCUACAGAGCACUUCAGAGUGAAGGCUGCCUAUGAAGAGAAUUUAGAGCAACUUGAUUCCGUGCGCCGUGAGAACAAAAAGCUUGCUGAUGAGAUUAAGGACAUGAUGGAGCAAAUCAGCGAAGGCGGCAGAGGCUUCCAUGAGGUUCAGAAGACUUCGAAACGACUCGAGAUUGAGAAGGAGGAACUUCAGGCUGCCCUUGAGGAAGCCGAGACAGCCCUCGAGCAAGAAGAAAAUAAGGUGCUGCGAGGCCAGCUGGAGCUUAGCCAGGUUAGGCAGGAGAUCGACAAGCGUAUCCAAGAGAAGGAGGAAGAAUUUGAAAACACGCGUAAGAGCUACCAGCGUGCUAUCGACUCUAUGCAAGCUUCUCUUGAGGCUGAAGCUAAGAGCAAGGCUGAGGCACUCCGUAUGAAAAAGAAGCUGGAGUCUGACAUCGGGGAACUUGAAGUUGCGAUCGAUUGCUCCAACAAGGCAAAUGCUGAUAUACAGAAGAGCAUCAAAAAAGCUCAGCUUGACCUUAGAGACUUGCAGGUUCGCAUUGAAGACGAGCAGCGCCUCGCCUCCGAGUACCGCGAACAGCACGCGGCUGCCGAGCGACGCGCCAACGGCAUAAACAGCGAGUUGGAGGAAUCCCGCACUCUGCUCGAGCAAUCGGACCGCGGACGACGCCAGGCGGAGGCCGAGCUCGCCGACGCCAACGACUCGAUCGGGACUCUCUCCGCUCAGCACGGCUCUCUCACGGUGGCCAAGAGGAAGCUGGAGGGGGAGCUGCAGACCCUACACGCUGAUCUAGACGAGAUGCUCAAUGAAGCUAGACACUCCGAGGAGAAGGCCAAGAAGGCCAUGGUUGACGCCGCCCGCCUGGCCGACGAGCUCCGCGCCGAGCAAGAGCACGCCCAGAACCAGGAGAAGAUGCGCAAGGGCUUGGAGCUCUCGAUCAAAGAACUUCAAGCUCGCCUGGAGGAAUGUGAAACAAAUGCGAUGAAGGCUGGGAAGAAGGCUGUCGCCAAGCUGGAAGGCCGCCUCCGUGAGCUGGAGACUCAGCUGGACGACGAGAGUCGCCGUCACGCCGACGCCCAGAAGAACCUGAGGAAGUGCGAGAGGCGCAUCAAGGAACUCACCUUCCAGUCCGACGAGGACAAGAAGAACCACGAGAGGAUGCAGGACCUGGUCGACAAGCUCCAGCAGAAGAUCAAGACCUACAAGCGCCAGAUCGAGGAGGCCGAGGAAAUCGCCGCCCUCAACCUGGCCAAGUUCCGCAAGGCCCAACAGGAGCUGGAGGAAGUUGCCACUCGUGGAUAGGCAGGAUAUGCAUGUGUAAAACUAUUAAAGCUGUAGUGAAAAUCAGGAGAGGUGAUUAUGUCGCCCUUUCUUAGUGCUCCCUACCCCGCUCGCUAAAUCAGCAAAGCCAACGCUUAUCCUGCGUGUGGGUGCUGUCAGCCAUGGACCUGCCGAGAUAGAUAGUGAAGGUAGUUUUAAAGAUGCUGAAGCUGAGUCUAAGGAUGAGAGCUUAUCUCUAAGCGCUUUUCAAAUUUACAUUGGCUUGUGUGAAAAACUGUGUUUAGAAUUAAUAAAGGCAAUAUAAAAUUCAA